UUUAAAAAGUAAGAUUAUGCGUGUACAACCUCAGUCUAAUUGCAGGUCAUAUAAUGAUGAUCAUUACAGCAUUAAUCAAGAUUUUUCGGGAAUUUACGCACCACCCACAGUUUUAUUCAUGCCAU